AUGCCUGCUUCAGUUUGGAUGGUAUUAGUAUAUAGACAGAUGGUGGUAAAAGCCAAGGGAUGUGGUGCACUGGCAAUAUUCCUUCCUUCGAAAGAUAGCUGGAUCCAAGCAUGUGAUUUCUCCAUUUCCCACCCCAACUCUGAAGAUGAGAAAGGACUCGACUUAGCUCACCCCAAGUGGACUGAUCUGAUUGGAGAGGGACUUAGCUUGACUUACAGAGGUGGAGAGGAGUUCGUGUGUUCGCUGGACUACUUGCUCUGCUCUGGGAGGGAAACAGUUGGAAAAAAUUCCACCUAUUCCAUAAGGUCCCUGGCUUAUAAGGAUGGAUUCUUUGGAAAAUCUCUAAUUCUCAGACCUUUUCAACAGAAAAGGAAUGUGAGAACAGGUGCUUAUAGAUGUGCCACUUCUGAAGAAACAUAUGAGGAGAAGCAGUUAACUGAAGAAGAUGCUAGGGAAAGGAUGAGUAAGACUUUGGAGCCAUUUGAUAAGUCUAGUGUAAAGCCUAUUGAAAAAGCCAUUAGCAAGUCUAAUCUGCGUUUAACUCCAAGCAGUGAUGGAAAUAUAAUUCGAUUAAAUAUUCCACAGCUAACAGCUGAAAGAAGAAAGGAUGUUGCUGUGAAGAUCCUCAUAGAUCAAGAUUUGUAUGAAGAGAAACUUAAGGAGUUCUUGAGAGAGGUUGCAAUCAUGAUACGUUUGCGACAUCCAAAUGUUGUCCUUUUCAUGGGUGUUGUAACAAAGCGUCCCGACUUGUCAAUUGUGACUGAAUAUUUACCAAGGGGAAGCUUGUAUCAUCUUAUUCAUAGAGCAGGACAAAGGGAGUUACUGGAUGAAAGGCGACGAUUGCGAAUGGCACUAGAUGUGGCCAAGGGAAUAAACUAUUUACAUCGGUAUGACCCUCCUAUUAUUCAUCGAGAUCUGAAGUCUCCUAAUUUAUUGGUUGACAAGACAUGGAAAGUGAAGGUUUGUGAUUUUGGUUUAUCACGAUUCAAGGCAAAUACAUUCAUCUCUUCCAAAUCUGCAGCAGGAACGCCUGAAUGGAUGGCUCCUGAAGUGCUUCGUGAUGAACCAUCCAAUGAGAAAUCUAAUGUCUAUAGUUUUGGUGUAAUUCUUUGGGAACUUGUCACUAUGCAGCAACUGUGGAGUGGCUUAAGUCCAGCUCAGGUUGUUGGAGUUGUUGGUUUUCAAAACAGGAGGCUUGCAAUUCCACCAGAUAUACACCCUGAAAUAGCUUCCUUAAUUGAGGCUUGCUGGGCCAAUGACCCAAGACAGCGACCGAGUGUUUCAAAUAUUAUGGAUUCUUUAACAGCAUUGCUAAAGCCUUCAGCCGCACAACCUGUUCAUGGUGGGAAGUCAUAACUUUCUUCAAAGGCGUGCAUAUAA